GGGUUCCUGGGAGGAGACAUAACUGUCCACAAUCAGACUCAGUACAAAUGGACUGUCUGUAUUGAGGUUAAGCACCCAUGGCCUGUGCCUGACAAAUAUUGCAAAUUCGUAGUUGACAGCUAUGAAAAUGGAGUUAUGAAGUUAAUUAUACCCAUGACCUUCCUCAAAACAUUCUACAUCAAUGUGAAGUAUGGAGAUUGCUCAGAGAGUGACUGUUGCAAAAAUCCACACUUGUGGUACGUGUUUAAUCCAAAAGAUGAUCCAUCUUUCACAAUUCGAGAGAGUGGAGACCACCAGGAAAUACAUCUGGACUGCAACAGAAAUUAUGAGAAGAGGAAAUCAACAUGCCCAAAUUAUGGGAAAAUUGAAGAUGAUGCGCGAGAGGAAGAAGAAAGAAAAAGACAAGAAAAAGAGGAGCAGAGGCGACAGGCCCAGCUUGAACGUGAAAAAAGAAUCGAGGAACAGAUUCAAAGGGAAAGUGAGCUUGCUGCUGAGAAACUUUCACAAGCCACAGAGACGCUCAAGCAGAAACAGAGGCUGAGAGGCCAUGAGCUCCAUCACCAAACUUAUAUAAUGCAACAGACAAUAAACACUGAAAUUGAGAGAGAUGAGGUUGCAGAAAUAGAGGAGAAAUUCUCAGACCUCCUAUGUGAAUAUCGAAUCCUUGAAGAGGAAGACUCAGAGGAGACAUUAGCAGGCAGGAUGAAAACCCUGCAAAAUGAGUUAAUGGUGGAGUACUGUAAGAAACACAACCUGUCCAGCAGCUGUGUGUUUUCUUUCGACACUUCAGUUGGUUAUGAGACUCUGCCUCUACAAGAUAGACUGACAGUGCUUGAGGCAAUAAUGUAUUUAGUUUUUGAGGAGGAUGAAAAUGACCACAAACAUAAACACAACCGGGAUUUCCUCUUGGAUGUGCUGGAACUGUUGCAAGACGAUCAUCCGUCACUUGCCUUUAAUCUUUUACAGAGCGUUCUUCAAACUGAUAUUCAACUUUCUACACAGAGUAAAGACAUUCUGUGUCGGAUUGCGUUCAACAACACAUGGAAACUGCCAGAAAUAACAGAUUUCAUGCGUUAUGUUGUCGGGAAAGACAAAGAUCACGUGCAGGCAAUACUUCACAUUGCACAGACCUACAAGCUGGAGUAUGAGAUUGUUCUCCAUGCUUUAGAUUCACCUGAUCCACCCAGACGGCUGAAAUGGCAUGUUGACACAGAAAGAGACAAAAAUGCUAAUACUAUUAUUAGUGAAAUGCGCAACUCAAACUAUCCUGAGAAUGUCCUGACAAUACUAGAGGAUGUUCUGGUAUAUCUGGAAAUGGAGCUUCAAAAACACAAAAGAACUGAUCUCCAUAAAAAUGAAAUCCAGCAUGUAAAGAAAAUGGUUAAAGAACUGGAUUUUACCAAUCCAGACAGACAAGUUCUCAAAAGUGUACUAGUGCAAAUGUCAGUCGCAGUAAAAAUGUGCUCUGCUCUCACUAUUCAAAGGGGUAAAGAGGAAAUAGUCAUUGAAGGAUAUCUUCCCAGAUUAACUCAGCUUGCAACCUUGAUGGUUUUCCUGCUUCCAAAAUCAAAAACCAAUACAGGUUGUCUCCUUGAAAUUGGAACAGGUGAAGGGAAAUCUUGUAUCUUAGCCAUGCUUGCUGUGAUCCAUGCCAUUCGUGGUGUAAAGGUGGACAUUGUGACAAGCUCUCCAAUCCUCGCUUGCCGUGAUUUAGAGGAAUGGAGCAAACUUUACAACAUGUUCGACAUAACAUCAUCUGCUGUUCCUCCAAUGCUGAAUGAUGUCUCAUCUGAAGAACAAGAUGAUCUGACUCAGGAAGCAUACAAACAAGAUGUAGUGUACAGUACUGUUGGAACAUUUGCAGCAGAUACACUGAAACAAGAGUUUGAGAACAAAACAUCUCGUGGAGACAGGAAGUUUGAGUUGGUCCUUGUGGAUGAGGUUGACUACAUGACUUUAGAUAAUGGAGUUCAAAUAACAUUUCUGUCCCAUGAGUCCAGUGGCCUCCAACAUUUGGAGCAAGUCCUAGCCAGCAUCUGGGCCAUUAUAUCUGCAUGUCGACCAAUUGAGGUAGAAGAAACUGGAGAGACCAUGUGGACAACAAGAGUCCAGAAUUUUCACACAGCUGCCCUGAUAGCAAUGAUUGGUUCAGAUACAAAUGAUACGUUUUCACCACUGGAAAUUUUGUUGCCAGGUAUUGAAUUAGGCUUUUACUCAGAGGAAGAUUUUGAAAAUUUGAAGGUCUCUAUUAAUGAAGAAGGAGAAAAGGAACAUGGGGCCAUUGAAAAUGAGGCAUUAAAGACCAUCAUGGCUAAAACAGGAAUAGAACAACAAUAUGACCUGCUCAAGGUUCUCGAGAUGGGGAUGGAGCACAAGGUGGCAUUUAACUGUUAUAUUUAUCAGUCAGAAACUAGAAAAGCCUUUCAAUUUGGAGAGCAAAAGACAAAAACUGACCAAAACAUCAACAUGCUGCUACUCGAGAAUGGAAAAUCUUGUGAGAUCUUGGCUGAAAAUUUGCUCAUUGAGGCCACCAUUAGUGAGGUGAAAUCCAAGAUUAAAUACUCUAAACAAUGCAGUUCAGAAGAAGAUAAAGAAUCUCUUGUAAUCCCUUCUUUCUUGGAGAAAUACCUGGACAGUCAGCUGCCACUGUUUGUUGAGAAUGCACUGAAGGCCAUUCAGAUGACCAAAGGCAGAGAGUACAUGAUUGAGAGAUCUCUUAGUGCUCAGGGAAUAGAUGUUGAUGAAGAUGGUGAACACAUGUACCAUGCAAUAAUCCCAGUGGACUUUCAGGCCAGUGGAAUGCUGGAGAAAAGAAAACGGUGGGGUGAUGGACUACAACAAUUUCUGGAGAUGAAGCAUCAGUUAACAUUAUCUCCAUUAUCAAAUGUGACAAACUACAUGUCAAAUUCAAAUUUCUUCAAAAGAUAUCUCAGAGGGAAAGGGAUAUUUGGUGUUUCUGGAACACUAGGGGGAGAUGCAGACAAGGGUUUCCUGGCAAGGCAUUACAAAACGGACAGCUAUGUCAUACCAGCUCAUCAACGUCAAAAGGUUACUGAGCUGCCUGCAGUCCAGGUGAGAGGAGGUACGGAACAAUGGAUCCAAACUAUUUGUGACACGGUCACAAGAGUCUCUAAACGAGGACAGGUGGUGUUAGUCGUGUGUGAGGACGUCAACACAGCAAAUGCGCUCAAUGACAAAAUUGCAGCAGAAAAUAAACAUCCAGUUACCAUGUACACGAUGAGUGAGAGCCACAACAUUGAGAACCAGGAGUUCAACAAGGGACAGAUCAUUAUUUCCACUAACCUUGGAGGACGUGGGACAGACAUUAAGGUCACAGAGGAGGUAAAUCGCUGUGGCGGUCUCUUUGUGCUACUCACGUACUUCCCCAAUAACCGAAGGGUCGAGAAACAAGUCUUUGGAUGAAC